UGUGCAUUUUUGUGUACACUUUAACUUAAAGCAUUCACACAUGAAAGUGCUGUAGCGGUUGGUGGAUGGUUGGUUUUGAUGGGAUAAAAUGUGAUAUUCCAGAACAACAGCAAACAUUCAAAACAUUGGUGUAUAAUACAAAAUAUAUAUAAUAUAUUCAUUAGAAUAAAAUAAUACAAAACAGUAAGAAAGACAAAAGAGAGGAAGUAAAAAGGAAAAGAAACAUGAGACAAUGGAACAGUGGGAGUUCAAAGUACGGGAGUUUGUGUGUAUGGUUGUGCGCAUGGGGAGUAGUGAUGGUGGUGUGGUGAGUGUGUGUAAGGUUGUCGAGUAUGCAUUAUUGUAGAACGUGAGCGUCCAUAUACAUACUGUUCAUAUGUAAUGUUUGACGUGUGUGUAAAUUAGCAUCUGUCUUUCCAAUGCAAUGAGACGACUUCUCUCUGCUAUUGUUAGUGAAAUAGGGAGACAGCUCUUACGGAGCAGAGAGCUGAGGCUGCUCUGGAGGCUUGUGGUGGAAUAACACCGUAAUAACACACUUUAUAUUGGCUUUCAUCUGUAGAAAUACCAUAUAAGGUCUCAACCAGAGACUGAGGACACAUUCAACGCUUUAUUUUUCUUUAUAAAUCUUUUCUUACUUUCCCCCCCUACUUCUAUGGCAGUCAGUUGUAUUUUAUACAUAAUAAAUUUAAAAAAUGACAGCAGAGGGAAAAAAAGAAUGAAGUGGGAAUGAAGCGCUGUAUGGAAGCUAUAUGUGCAUAUCUCAUGUAAGAAAUAUGCACUGUACAGCCUGCAUAUAUGUCCAAAGAAGAAAAAAGGAUGCAUGCAUAAACAAACACUUGCAUAAACUCAGACCAACUGUACAUGUACACACACACAUACUUAUAUAAGUACUGUACACACACACACUGAUUAAGUAAAAUGUUGUUUCUCAUUUAUUUUUAAUUAUUUUAGCAUUUUGUCAUGAACUUUCUGUGCAUGUCUCCAUUUUUCAUUACUCAUAUUCUUCUUUAGCAUUAAGUUUGUUGGUCAGUCACGUAACUAUCGAUUCAUUGAUUGAUUGGUUGGUUGACUGAUUAUAAACUCAAAGCUGUGCAGGAAUCAAACUAACAGUGAACUUUCAUUGGGGCCAAUUCAGUCACACACAGAAAAUACCCCACCGCCUCCCGCCACUUGUCACAAAAAUCAUUGCUUGUGUCUUUAUCCUCUAGGCGCGUCCCCAUCUCCUGUAAGCGCGCGCACGCUGAAACCCUCGUGCGCGCUUGGCACGGCGCCGCGCACUCCAGCCUCCGUAACCCAGAGCAGUAGAGCUCUCAGCUAGACAUGGCGGCGGAUCCGAAGCCGGACUGGCUCUCCUGCCUUCCUUCUUCUUGGAGUUAUGGGGUGACUCGGGAUGGACGCAUAUUCUUCAUCAAGUAAAUAUCACGCGGACACAUGGAUUUAUGGAUACGCACUGCUUAUUUCUCCGACGCAUCUUUCCUGUUUGUCUUUUUGCGGGUUCUCUGUUCACCUUUUCCCCCGUUUUCUUCCACCAACAGCGAAGAAGCGAAGAGUACAACGUGGUUACAUCCUGUCACUGGAGAAGCUGUAAUCACGGGGCACAGAAAAACUCCAGAUUUACCAACAGGCUGGGAGGAAGGAUACACAUUCGAGGGAGCUCGCUGCUUCAUCAAUCACAAUGAGCGAAAGGUGACCUGUAAGCACCCGGUGUCAGGCAUCCCCUCCCAAGACAACUGCAUCUUUGUCGUAAAUGAACAUGUGAAUUGUGGAAAGCUUGUCCACCCUGACAAGCCCCUAGAGGCUCUCACCAGGCCAGCUCCUAAGGCUUCGUCAGAGCAGGGCAGCAGCAGUGACAAGAAGGAACGUCCCAUGAGCACCAUGAGUGAGGCGUCAAACUACACAGGUGGCUCCGACUACAGCACCUUCCCUGGCAGCCCAGCCACCAACGUAACUACCGCCACCACCACCUCCACUUCAUCUACACGGCCCUCCAGGUCUUCCAAAAAAAUUCACAACUUUGGAAAGAGGUCCAACUCCAUCAAGAGGAACCCUAAUGCCCCGGUGGUUAAGAGCAACUGGCUUUACAAACAGGACAGUACAGGCAUGAAGCUGUGGAAGAAGAGGUGGUUUGUUCUGUCCGACAUGUGCCUCUUCUACUACCGCGAUGAGAAAGAGGAUAGCAUCCUGGGAAGUAUCCUGCUGCCCAGCUUUCACAUCUCCAUGUUGUCGGUGGAUGACCACAUCAGCAGGAAAUACGCCUUCAAGGCCACUCACCCCAACAUGCGGACAUAUUAUUUCUGCACUGACACAGCCAAAGAGAUGGAGUCCUGGAUGAAAGUCAUGACGGAUGCUGCCCUCGUCCACACUGAACCAGUCAGAAGACUGGACAAGUUGAAAGUGGACCAGCGGACGCCUCAGGGGUUGAACAACUUACUGAACCACAGAGUCCUAACCCGGCCCGAGAUCCAGAACAACGAACGCAACCGUGAGCCUGUGCGACAACACUCCCUGUCUCGAGCUGACGACAAACGGCAAAAAGACGUAGAGACACACAAUGGCCAGAGGGAGCGUGAGUACUACACCUUACAGAGAGACGGGGAGAGGUACUCCAUGAAGAAAGACGGUGUGAGCUACAUGCUUCAGAAGGACGGAGAGAGGUAUCUCCUCCACAAGGAUGGAGAGAAGUACCUGCUGCAAAAAGACGGGGAGAAAUCCCUGCUGCAGAAAGACGGAGAGGUGUGCGCCAUUCACAGGGAUCUGGACAAGUACGCUGUUCAGAAAGUGGACGAAAAGUCUACGGUGACGCCGACAGAGGAGAAAUACGCUCCGUCUAAAGAUGGAGAGAAGUACCUGCUCACGAAGGACGGAGAAAAAUAUGCACUGCAGAAAGUAGGAGACAGGCACACACUCCAGAAAGAUGGACAGAAAUACGUUCCUCGAAAGGAGGUGAAGAGACAGCUGUCGUUAAAGGAGACAGAGAGGUAUAGCACGAUGAGGGAGACAGAGAAUAAAUAUGGUACCAUACAAGUUGUGGACAAAUACGGCACUCUGAAGGAAGUGAAGAAAUACAGCACGCUACGAGAAGGGGAUAAAUACGCUAUUCUCAGAGACACCGAGAAAUAUGGUACGGCCCGUGGUGGAGAUAAAUAUGGCGUCCAGAGAGACCUGAGUGCAGAGAGGUCUCGGACUAAAAUCAGCAGCAUUAAGCUGCAGCCGGCUCAGGCUGCUGCCAUCGCAGCCGCAGUGUCUGCAUCUCGCCAGGGCCAGGCCAGCCUCAAUGUCCAAAAGCCCACGCAGGUCAACGGCUCGGGGUCCGUAGCGGGGGAGCAGCCUGGUGACUGCAACCCGACAGAGGCGGACGGCAGCCUGGGUGGGGGUCCAGGAAAGUUCCCUGUUCCAGUCCAGGAGCCAGAGAGGGGCCUGGCCAGGACCAACUCCAUGCAGCAGCUUGAGCACUGGGUCCGUACACACAGGACGAGAGGACUGGGCGAUGACACCAGAAGUGUUACUUCCUACCAGACCUUACCCAGGAACAUGCCCAGCCACCGCGCUCAGAUUGUGCCCCGCUACCCAGAAGGCUAUCGCACGCUGCCCCGCAACAGCAUGAUGAGGCCCGACAGCAUCUGCAGCGUGGCGGGCUCUGUUUAUGACCGGGCCCUCCGUCCCGCCUCCACCACCACUGUCACCACAGCGGAGAAGAGGAGGUCAAUGAGGGACGACACCAUGUGGCAGCUGUAUGAGUGGCAGCAGAGGCAGGCCUUCUCUAGGCAAAGUCUGGCUCAGCCAACAGCUGUGGGUCAUUAUGGCACCCUACCCAGCACCAAGACAAUGGGCAACAUCUCUGAACAUGCCAUUACACACUCCAUCCCCACCUCACCGUCUCACGGCUCCCUGGCUCUCUACAGCACCUUAUCCCCUCCUCGCCAGCAGGUCGCUCACAACCCCAGCAGCUCCCAAUCCGAGGUGUCCUCGCCGGUCUUUAGGGGGGAUGUGACGCUGGACCUCCGGCACAGGACACACCUUGCCAAGUACGGCUACCCACCUGACCGACGGUCCAUCGCAGCUGGCGUCCCUCCUCAGACCAUCACCCCACAGUCCCUGCAAGGCAAAACACCCGAGGAGCUGACCCUGCUGCUGAUCAAGCUCCGCCGGCAGCAGGCGGAGCUCAACAGCCUGCGGGAACACACAGUAGCUCAGCUAAUGGCCCUGGGUAUGGAGGGGCCCAACGCUAAGACUGAUGUUCUUUCCCAUCACCUCCAGAGGAACCUUAUUUACCUGGACAGCCAGAUGAAGGAGAAUGAGCCUCUAAUCUUCAUGAUUCACACUAUGAUCGAGAACUCGGCACCGAGGCCGCAACUCUACCAGCAAAUCAGCCCAGACGACUACAAAGAUAGCUCCUUCAUCCAGCACACAGAGGAGCCCGACAUAGACACCAAGCUGAGCAGACUGUGUGAGCAGGACAAGGCAGUGAGGAUGCAGGAGGAGAAGCUGCAGCAGCUACACAGAGAGAAGCACACUCUGGAGACGGCCCUGCUGUCUGCCAGUCAGGAGCUGAGUGAACAGAGCGGCUCCAGCGGUGCAGCCACACAGAGCCUGGUCCAGCAGAGAGACGUGCUGCAGAACGGCCUGCUUAGCACCUGCAGAGAGCUGUCCAGAGUCAACGCUGAGCUGGAGCGCUCCUGGAGAGAGUACGACAGGUUGGGGGCAGAUGUCACUCUGGCCAAGUCCAACCUGCUGGAGCAGCUGGAGGCCCUGGGCAGCCCACAGACAGAGCCUCCAAGCCAGCGGCACAUCCAGAUCCAGAAGGAGCUGUGGAGGAUUCAGGACGUGAUGGAGGCUCUGGCCAAAAAUAAACCACAGCGGAGCACAGACAGCACAGGUUUUCCUGAUUCCAAACCGCUCUCCAGUCUACAGAAGAAUGAGGCAGUGACGCUUCUGCCACUCAGUCCUCUCAAGGAGGGUGACAGCGUGCCCCCCCGCCCGCCCCUCCCCCAGUACUACGACUCAUCAGAGCGCCCCCUUCACGUGCCCCCCUACCACCCACACCCGGGCGGCCGCCUGCCCCCCCACACGCACCGCCCCGAGGACCGCAAGGCCGGCUCCAGGAACGGAGCACACAGCCAAGCUCCAGACUACCGGCUUUAUAAGAGUGAGCCUGAGCUGACCACAGUGAAGGAGGAAGUGGACGAGGCCAACGGCGAGGAAAAGGACAAGACGGAGACCGCUGCUGAGAGUAAAGACACUGCAGCCCUAAAAGUGCCCCCCUACCCGGUGGGCAUCGUUCCUCCCAGGACCAAAUCUCCCAUGAGCCCUCCUGAAUCCUCCACCAUCGCCUCCUAUGUCACCCUGAGAAAGACCAAGAAGCCUGAAUCCAGAUCAGACCGCCCCAGGAGUGCAGUGGAUCAGACAUGGUUUGGGGAGCGAGAGGUGGGCAGAACGAGGAUGAGUGUGGAGGAGCAGUUGGAGAGGAUGAGGAGAAACCAGCAGGCUUCAUCGCUCCGAGAGAAGAAGAGAGAAACCCCAUCCCGCUCACCAUCCUUCAGCAAAGACAACCCUUUUCUUAUCCCUCAGAGUCGGGUUCAAGCAGAGGGGGCCUGUGCAGACCCUGUGGAGCUGGAAGCGGCUCUGCAGCAGCUGAAGGUGGCUCACAUGGAGCAGAGCAGGACUGCUGCUGAGGCUGCUGGGACUCACACACAAGCUGCACCACAGAAGGCGCAGAGAGCGGAGGAGGUGAAAAAUGACAAGUGUGAGGAAGUGCAGCAGGACAGCGACGCAGAGGUGGGACUGUGUGAAAGCCAGAGGGUGGUGAUUCUGGACCUGGGUACGGAGCCUCAGCACGUGGAGAUUGUAAACCUUCAGCCUUUUGAGGAUGACGAAAGCAGAGAGCAAGAUCUGACAAGCUCGCCAACAAACACCACCACUGAAAACAGCUUUCAGACUCCUGAGCCUGAGACGCCGAGCCCAGAGCCCAGGGAGGAAGAACCAGACGUGACGCAGCGAAGCACCGCAGAGCAGAGGCUGGAGAUUAGCUUGGAUUCUUCCACCCAGCUAACAGCAGACGACAAGAAACACAACAACAACAACAACAACAUGUUGGCUUCGCAGACGUUCACCUUGGUGAGCAGCGACACGUGAGCGACGCCGGCCUCGACACCCACACUGGCGGCCCGUAAAGCCCAAAUGUAGCCAGCCUGCACCGAGCAUGCUCCACGGCCUCCUGCGUUUACAACCGAACCCACUCCGAUACGACUGUCACGUGCCCACGAGGAGACGGAGAGGACGGCAGCCGUGCUAACGGGCAACACGCGGACGGCCGCCAUCACUUCCACACAGAGGGAGGCAGAUGUACUGCAUCAUGUUUAGCUCCAUACUGAUGUCUCUGAGCAACACACCAGUGCUGUGGAGCCCUUUGUCCCAAAACAUGUCUGCAUAAAACUAAGAUUGUGAAAUGGUUUAAUCAGAAACGUUCCCAAUGACGUCCAGUUUAGCUGAAAUAUACCUGCUGUGGAGUGUUGAGAGUUGGAAACUACGUCUGCCGCUCUAUGAGGCAGUUUGAUGUUAAAACUGAAAAGGAGGACGUGACAAACUCGAGUGUCGGCUGACUGCUUGAACUACUUGAGCUGUAGUCGUCCCGACAGUCGCCGAAACAGGUCAUAGUUUAAAGAGUGCUGUUGUUCCACCUUUGUGUCUGUUCUGUGUCUUUUCCGAAACUUCUUUUUAAAAAUGAAAAAGCGUUUGAACUAUUACUGUUUAUCCAGUAGAGUUUAAAAUCUUCCCUGAACACAAGUGCAGUUUGGCAGAGCGCCCUGUUCCACGGUCCACGUCCCGGGGCUGCCCGGUCCACGUCCCGGGUGCUGCCCGGUCCACGUCCCGGGUGCUGCCCGGUCCACGUCCCGGGGCUGCCCGGUCCACGUCCCGGGGGCUGCCCGGUCCACGUCCCGGGGGCUGCCCGGUCCACGUCCCGGGGGCUGCCCGGUCAGGCCACGAGCCACGGGGAUGCGUUCAGGCACAGUAUUGACUGUAGGUCAUCCGCGUUUUGGCAGCGCUCAGAGCCCAACACACAGUCAGACCUGAAGUGUACAGAUCCGCUUCAGGUCACGGCUACGCGUGUACGGCUGCUGUUUCGUGGCCGGCGGACACGGCUGGAUUGUUUAAAAGAGGACCGUGUCUGCUCCGGCGACCCAGGUCCGAACUGAAAUUCCGAGGGGAUACGUUUGUGUUCACACGUUCCUCACUGGAACAUUGCACACCCGGGCCUCACCACAGACAGGCAGGUCCCGACAUAUUUGGACAGUGACACAAUUUUCGUACGUCUGGCUCUGUACGCCGCCACAACGGAUUUGAAAUCAAACAACUGAGAUGCAACUGAAGUGCAGACUUUCAGCUUUAAUUCAAGGGGCUGAGCAACAGCGUCGUAUGAAACGUUUGAAACGAAUUGCAACCGUUUUUAUAUACAGUGCCCUAUUUUCAGGGGCUCAAAUGUAAUCGGACAGAUGAAAAUAAUCAGGCCUUUACUGCAGCUGUCUCCAGAUGUUUGUUCGUGGGUCUUUCAUGCCAUCACACUGCCCCCACCGUGGUUUACAGAUGAUGUGGGAUGCUGCGGAUCAUGAGCCUUCUCCAUGCUCUUUUCUUCCCAUCACUGUGGCACGGGUUGAUCAGGUACAGGUUGUUGUGAGAGGGUUUUUCUUUACCACGGGAAGGAUCCUGCGAUCGUCCCCCACUGUCGUCUUCCGUGGACGUUCAGGCCUUUUUGUGUUGCCGAGCUCACCAGUGCGGUCUCUUCUUCCUCAGAAUGUACCAAACUGUUGAUUUGACUUUACGUUUUUGUAGCCUAACGCUGGCCUGUGUCACUUGCACUGAGAGCUCCUCCACAUGUUGUGGCUUCUCAGCUUCCAAAUGCAAAUUCCACACUCGGAAUCAACUCCAGACCGUUUACCUGCUUAACUGAUAAAGACAUAACGACGGAACAGCCCACGACACUCCAUCAAACAGCUUUUGAGUCAAUUGCCCAAUUAGUUUUGGGCCCUUGAAAAAGGGGGGGGGCUACAUGUUAAAGAUCUGUAAUUCCUAAACCCUUCCUCCAAUUUGGAUGUGAACAGAGUCUGCACUUUCAGCCCCUAUUCAUUAUAGAACUGUACCUUGAAUAUGUUUUGGUAAACAGCCAAAUGACACUGCGCCAGUGUCCAAAUAUAUACGGACCUAACUGCAGCUGCAUGUGGUCGGGACCAGAGACUCUGUCUCUGGGUCUCAGCCUUGAGGGUUCAGUGUGCUUCAGACAAACUAGUCUGCCAGAUGUCUAAAGGCAAGCGUGUUUCAGUCUGUGCCACCGCCUCCCUGAUCGCUCUCCGCUUGCUGUCUUGAUGUGAUGAAUUGUACAAAUGGAGAUAACACACAGAAAGAGCCCCCCCCAAACCGAAUCCUUGUGACAGUGGACUGGGGUCCACUGUCACAAGGAUUCGGUUUGAAAGAAGAACGCGUGUCAUUGGUGCUGCACUAUAAACUCCCAUCAGUAAGUUGUUCAAAUGUGUAUUUUCUGCCAUUUGUGCACUCAGGGUGAAUAACAUGUCACAAAACGCGGGAACACUCCUGUUGUGUUGGCGGCCAGCUAGCCCACUGGCUAACAUCCCCACAGACCUUUUGUUGUUGCUGCUGUUGUUCCUUUUACAACUAUGAACACACAGAAUGAAACCAUUUCACAAUCUCGACUGUAUGUACAACUUGUUCUGGGGUAACACAGCUCCACAGAUAUGCGUUGCCGAAGACACACUCAUACAUCAAUAUACAGAACGUUUGAUACCUUACUAAGUGUUAAAGUCAUCUUAACAUAAUUACUAGAACAUUGUCCUGCGGAGGGGGGGUGUUAGCUGUUACUGAGUUGCUGCUGGGUGUGCAGCUGGACUGAGGAGCACUUGAGAAGUCUCACGGCAGACGGGCGGAGCACCACACAUGCAGUGCUUUACUUCAACCCCACGGUGGCCGCGACGCUCUCGGACUCUGCCCUGCCCUGGUCUUCAUCUUCACGUUGACCUGAGACCGGAGGCUCCCUUAUCGCUCCCUGUUCACAUCUUUGGCACCUGCAACAUAACAGAUUGUCCUUCAUUGGAUAUACAUAUAUAAAUAUAUCAAAAGUAUAUAUAUAUGAACAUAAAGCAGAUUUUUACUUCAACAAGGUGCCACUUCAUGCUGCUGUUUUUUCUCUUUAUUUGGACAGAACUAAGUAUUUUGCCGAAGUUCUGAUUAUUUAUGUUGAGCAAACAGUCCGAGUCUCCUGAAGUCUGCUGACGACAAACCCAGUAUGUGAAUGUUUUGGAUUUCCAGUCUGCUUUUUCAGUCGUGUCUCUUUUUGUUUCUCUCUCUUUGGUUUACAUUACUCCGAAGGUAUACAGUAAAAAGGCCGAGGACAUGCACCAGAUUAGACAUUUUGCAUUUGAAUGUGUCCUAGGUGGUGAAGAAUCGGAGAAUAGCACAUGUACGAAGCAAUAAGUAGGACUUUGGAGCUCCGGGACAUAAAAGAAAAUUCAGAGAUGUAUAAACUGUAAAAAAAAAAAAUAAAUAAAAUAAAACAAGAUAGCGUAAUUUAUGUACACACUGAAAAGAAGAAAAGCGAAUAUUAUAGCUAUAAGAGGUUAUUAAUAUUAUUAGGGUCAAUAUGCAAAAAGUUCAUACCCCAUCUGUUUUAUAUCAUGUGAAAUAAAUGUUGAUGUUCCUAAAA